AUGGUCAUCCCCAAUGUCAUGGUCACGGUGGCAAGUGGAGGGGUAAUGGGGAGCAAGAUUUCGUCCAGGCCAAGCACAGGCGAGGAAGCUUCUCAGCGCUCUCCGGCAUCGAAGCAGGGCGUGGACAACGACUUAGCAUACGAUGGCGCCAAACAGGCAAGCGCGACCAGAGAAGGCAGUCGUACUCCAUACUUCGACCCCAUUGACGAUGAAGCUCCGCACGUGAGAUCUCCGAGCCUGACCGUGCAGUCCACCGUGGAUCUUACGCAUCGUGCGGACAGUCCACAACAGAAAACUCCGGAAUCUAGCCUCAAGCCUGCCACACCUAUUUUGGCUAGCAGCGGGGAUGUUGUAAGCACCAUUGAGGCCGGACUGCCCGAGAUCAUCUCAGAAAACGCUAUCGUCCUCGAUCCAGCCAACUCAGCUCGCCAACACGCCGAAGACCCCCACACAGCUCUGAGGCGGGAGGUCUGGCGCCCGGGCGAUCCCGAUGGCAAAGAGACCGCCGAUGGCCACGACCGCAAACCAGCUUUUGAGAAACGCUGGCGCUUCUAUCAAUCGUCGACAGGCACCGAGCGUGUCAGCGCCACAAACAUGCCGCCCAGGUUCGUGCUGCUGGAUGACAAAGCAGCUUACGAAGUCAUGAGCUCCGAAAUCCCAAAGGCCAGAAUGGUGAAGUUCUGGCCUAUCGACUUCGUCCCGAAUGGUAAGAUCCGUGGCAAGAGGGCUCAUCGUGGCCGUGCUGCUGUGGCGAAUGCGUCUGCUGAGGGGGAUGAACGAUACUAUGCUGGUGAACUGGGUUCGAAGGAUCGCGAGCCGUAUCCUUUCCGGGGCGCGAAGGACUAUAGACCCAUCAAUUACCGCUCUGCCAAGCCAAUAUCAGAGGCUAGCCCUGCUCCGGAGCAAGCAAGCAAGAAGCGCAAAGCUUCGUCUCCCGCCACUGCUACAUCAUCCACCAGCACUAUCAAGCGAAAGCACAACAAUCAGUACACGCCUAAAGAACUCAUGGUCAAGCACGGUGGUGCGCCCUCGAAGGAUGCAGGCCGUGCCCGCUAUCUUCCAAGGAUCAAUACGUUUCUGCGCCGUGAUCCGAGUCCUGAUUUUGCUAAGGAUCGGAGUAAGCUUUAUGGUAAUAUUGGGGAACAGGCUAGGGCGGCUAUGGCUAUGAGCUUGAAAGGUGCGGACGUGGGUGCCUCUAGGGUCGAUUCUGGAGUGCGUUCGAUGGGGGGAAGCGGACUUGGGGAUUGGGUUGGUGACGUGGGGGCAGGACUGAAGAGGGUGGAGAAAGAUGAUGAGGUGGAGGAGAGCCUAUUUCUCGAAGAAGUCGAACAACCGACCGCUACACGCGACAGUGUCUCCGCCGCAGGAUUCUUCAUUGAAGACGAUGGAGAAGACGAUGAUACAGUACCGAGAGCGGGCUCUGUUGAGGCGAUCACAACUGCUACACCUCCAAGUACUAGCCACGGACGCCGUAAGCACGCACACCAGCCACAAAGCUUCAUGGAUCAGGUGGCCGCCACGGACAGCCCUACGCAGCAAUCGAGUCAACAGAUCGUAGCUCGCGAUGCUGACGAUGGUGAUACGGGCAUUGAUAGCGGCAGUUAUGCGACUCAACUUGAGCACCAACUUGUGCGAGCCCACACGCAGAUUCAACUUCUCACCGCCGAAGAUGGCGCAGCACAGGCUAAGAUCUUGCAGCUGGAAGCUGAGAUUGCACAUCUCAAGAGCGGUUAG